ACAUCGGAAGGUCGCUGCGUAUACUUUUUAGUAUUGAAUAUUAAUGAGUUUCUCCGUUUGCGUAAUCCGAUACAGAAUCGAUACGAGAUUGUGUGUGUUUAUCAUGUGCUAUAAUUAGAAAGUGUACAAAUGAAGUGCACGUGUAGAACUACUCGCUCUAUAGAAAUAUUAAUAGUAUUUACAUUAUCAUGAUUAUGAACAUCUUUAUUUUUUAUUCAAUAUGGAUUUUUACGAUAUUAACGUCGAUAAAAUGUAAAGUGAAGGAUAAACCACCUGAUAUACUAGAUCAAUUUCAUUAUUGGGACAUAAAUAAUAGCCCUGAAGUACUAAGUUCCAUACGAGUAGAGUUACUAGACAACCAUAUAUAUAGACGUUCAGUUAGUUCUAGAUACGAUCUCUCAUUAAAAUUCUCUCUCUCAUCCAAACCUGUGAUAUUAAAGUUACAACAAAAUGCUCAACUCAGUUCUAGAAUUCCAGUUUAUGCUUUUGCACAAAAUGGCUCAAUAAUACAAGAGGAUUUACCUACUGAUUUACACGAUGUGAAUUAUUAUUACGACACAUCAAAUGGUGCCUCAUUCUACAUUGAAUCUAUCGAUGGCUUACGGAGUCAUAUGUAUGGUACAUUCCAUUUUGAAAAUGAGGAAUACAUCUUAGAGUUUAAGAACAACAACUCUGUUGUGACGCACAAGGAGUCCCAACAGCCAAAGAGUAUCUACCAUUUUAAGAUACGGAAAACGUCGUCACAGACAUAUACAAAUCUGAACGACCCAAUAUACACAAAUAUUAACAAAACCUUUACAGAGCAUCACAGAAAGAAAAGAGCACCAUCUUACCACGUAGAAGUUUUAUUUGUCGUGGAUUAUUCUAUAUAUAAACAUUGGUAUGACCACAAUAAGAGAUCCAGUGCUCAGGCUAUCCAAUCAAUACGACAGAUAUAUGCCUUUGUUGCCAAUGGCAUGGAUGGAAGAUACAAAUCUAUGUCACCCAAUUUUAUUGGCAUUGCUUUCGCUGGAAUCAUCAUUUGUAAGACGCCAUCAGAAUCAGAAUGGACCGAAUCAUUAAGACAGACACACGAGACCCCUAAUCUAGUGGAUGCACACCAGGCAUUAGAAAAAUUCAAAGAUUGGGUACAGAAACAAACUGAUCUACCAUCAAAUGAUCAUGCCAUGUUAUUAACCAGAUAUAGCCUGUCUAGUGGUCAGUCUUCAUCUCUGGAAGGUUAUGCAUAUGUCGGAGCAAUAUGUUCACCUUCUAGUCAGUCUAUCAUGGAGGAGAGUGAAGACUAUAGUAUGAUAACAGUGGCGGCUCAUGAACUUGGACAUAGCCUUGGUGCUAAUCAUGACGGACAGGGGAAUUCCUGUAAAAAGGAUGAUUUUUUUAUAAUGGCUGCCACAAAUAUGCCAAGUAUGGGUAAUUCUAACCCCUGGAGAUUUUCAUCUUGCUCUGUGAAUUACUUUCAUCAAACUAUUCGUCGACUUGAUUCGAAUAGAAAAAACUGUUUAACGUCAUUUGGACCCAGUUACAACCCAAAUGAAAUAAGGCCAUAUUUGUCGAAGUUACCAGGACAGCUAUACACAGCGGACGAGCAAUGCCAGAGUAGACAUGGAGACAAGUCAUCGCUUUGUCGGGAACAAUACCAGGGUGAUUAUAGACAGAUGUGUGGGUUAAUGUGGUGCCGUGACAUAACAACUCAAGGUUGUAAAAGUAUGGUGCCUGCUGAUGGAACACUUUGUGCCAGCAAACAUUGGUGUAUAAAUGGUGUAUGUACGUACUCAAGCCGCGCAGCUUCCACUCCUGCCAAGUGUGCGCACGGUGAUUAUGUUGGCUCUAUGGAUAAUCGUGGUAACACAUGUACACAAAUUGUGACAAAAGACAAAACGGAAUGCUACAGGGAUAGAAUUGGACAAUCAUGUUGUGGAUCAUGUGCUAAAGUGUCAUCCGGAGUUACAGGGUGCUUAUACGGAGACAGAAUACCUACAUCACUUUGUAAUAAAACUGCCUGUCCUUACUACAAGAAAGAAGAGCUGAGUCAUUGUUGUAAUACAUGUUCUGCAUACUUUAGUGUUCCAGAUCCAAAUAGACUUCCAACGGAGUCAGAUGGUACUACCGAGAUACUUAUAGGAAUAUCAGUUGCCAUCGUAAUAAUAGCUGUUAUUUGUGGAAUAUAUAUACAUAGGAGGGGAGGUAACUCUGGCGGAAGACAUAAAAUUCCAUUAAAAGGAAGAUCAAUUCAGGAGAUACAUUCAAGGCCAUCUAAACCUCCUCUUCGAAAGCCUUUAUCUUCAAUUACUACUAACGGAGAUCAAAAUAGUAAUUCCUCGAAGCAUCUCAUUUCUCUUCCUACUUUAAAUAGCCAUACAAAUGUAAAUUUAAAAUCUAAUCUUCAAAAGCCUGCUUCUAGCAACAAAAGCGAUAGUCGUACUGUGAAUGGACAUAUAAGAACCUCGGAACCUCGACCGCCGUCGAAAUUAAGUGGCAAAAACGAUUCAGAACAAUCGUGUUUACAUAAUCGAAACCCUGUUAAUAAUCAACAGAGGAAUCAAAAUCUGAAGAAACCUAAAAGUUCAUUAUCCGAGGAUAGUUUAUUGCUGUCUCCAAAACAUAAACAGAGCAAUAUAGACAAAACUGAAUUAAAGACUGAUACUUCUAUCAAAGACAGAAUUGCUGCUUUGAGUGGUAAUAGUGGAGGUUCAAGGUCACCUGCCGACAGCGUUCCAAAAACUAAGGUCAAUGUAAACAACGACCGACCAAAACCUAAUGCAAAACCAAAGACAAAUUUUACAAAAUCUCAACCUGAGAAUACAAAAAUGGAUACAAAAUUUAAUAAAACGCCAUUGCGUCCUCCGGGAAGAAGUGGAGUAGAAGCCUCAAAAUUCAAAGGUGCUGAAAAAUCACCUUCACCUUUGACUCAAAAGGGUGAUACAGAUUUUGACACUAAAUCAGGAAAAUUUCAACCACGACCGCCAUUUGAAAAAACUGUUGGAGUUGCCAAGAGAUCUGAUGGCAUUUCUGGAAAAACGUCUACAGACUGCAACGAACCUUCUCUAGUACCAAAGUAUAAACCAAUGGAAUAUGGAAAACAAAAAAGUAAUACAAAAAAUGUAAAUGCAUAAUUACAUGUCGUAUAAUUUAUUUAUUUA